CAAUAUCAUGUGCUCAAGUGCAGCUACUCAGUCACAGACCGUACAGUCAGAGAUACUGUCAUACAGUUUGGUCUUAUUUGCUACAUUUUCUGUUCAGUUGUUUUUCCCUGAGCUUACUGAAUAUGCUUCAGCGUUUCUUUGGAUGUGUUUACCUCUCUGCAGUUUCACAGCUUGUGACUCUCACAGGUACACAAGCUGAAUGUCCUGUUCAGCUCAGCCAGAAGAGUGUUGUUGUGGAGUACGGCGGUUCUGUUGCAGUUAACUGUACCGCUUCUGUCCCGCAUUAUGGGAUGGGAUGGGAAGCCAGUGAGGGAGGAGUGGACAAGACCAGAGACAGUGUGAUCACAUGGACAGUGUCAGAUCUGAGAGAAUGGGACAUAAAGCCAAUCUGCUACAUAAACUAUAAAACAACCCAUGAUACACUGUGUGAAGAAGAGCUCCCAGUCACUAUUUACAAGACUCCAGACAGUGUGUCCAUCAGCAUUGUGAAUCACAGAGGACCAAUGAAGGAGGGAGAGCAGUAUGAGCUCCAGUGUGAUGUUCAAGAUGUGGCUCCUGUUCAGAAUCUCACUGUCAAAUGGUACAAAGGAGAAACUCUGCUGGAUCAAACCACUUUCACUGACACCAGCAUAACUCCAGUGAAUGAAGUCGCCAAACUCCUGAUCACUGCAGGCAGAGCUGAUGAUGGAGCUCAAUACAGGUGUGAAGCAGAGCUGGAUCUGGGAGCAGAAGGACCUCAACCUCCUCCUACAGUCACAUCAAAACCUCUCAGUGCUGAAGUAAACUAUAAACCAAAACACUCCAAUUCAACAGAGACCAUCAUUAAAAAUGAUGAGGUCAUGCUAAACUGUACGGUGAUGGCAAACCCAGCUCCUACGUACACAUGGCACUCAGAGCAUCUGAAAGAAGAGAUCAGCUCCUCAACGCUCCCGUCCUCAACACUCAGUCCAGGAGAAUACACAUGCACCGCCACAAACUCUCUGGGAAGCGACAGCAAAGUGUUCAUCGUCAAAUCAACAGGUAGUCGUCCCACAUUCUGGACUGAGAGGAUGAGAAAUAUUAAAGUGCAAGCAGAGGGAGAGCUGAUUGUAAUGAGGCCCACUGCUUCAAUCCCCCUCCAGGCCCUUCAGUACAAGGCUUUUGUUGGCUGUCACUGUUCACUGUUUUUAGUUGCCAAGCAAGACCGAGUUGGAAUUCCUCUUGCCUCUGUGUACGGACUACAGCAGAUUUCAUCUAUUUUCAUCAAAAUGAAAAACAAUCUCUUAUGCUUUCUCGGUCUAUCCAUUAUCGGAAUAGUGUCAGCUGACAGUUGCUCGCUAGAGAUAUCUCCCGCCAGAGUGGUGGUGAAAUUUGGGGAUCCGGUGUCGGUCAGCUGUGUGGCCUCUCGUCCGGUACGCGUGCUGGGAUGGGAAUCGGUCAUUGCCGCAUCACACACUCAGAAUGACCUCAGCGUUCAGUGGCGGGUGGACAGUUUGACUGACUGGAUCGAGGAGCCAAUCUGCUAUGGUGUUUUUUUCACUGCACCAAGACAGUGUGAGGAAAAGCUUAACCUUGUUCUAUACAAGAAACCAGACAGUGUGUCCAUAAGUUUAGUGAAUCACAGCAGUCCAGUGGUGGAAGGAAGAGAGUACCAGCUACAGUGUGAGGUGCAGAACGUCGCACCUGUCCAGUACCUUGUUUUACGAUGGUACAGAGGAAAAACUGAGGUUUACAACCACUCGUUCUCAGAGUUAUCCCCUGCGACGCCGGUCCAGGUGUCCUCAACCUUGCUGAUUGUCCCAAACAGAGCUGAUGAUGGAGCUCAGUACAGGUGUGAAGCAGAGCUGCAACUGGGAGCAGAAGGACCUCAACUUCCUCCAACAGUUCAGUCUGAAGUUCUCAACAUUGCUGUUCAAUACCCGCCUGACUUCCGCAGUCCAGAGGAAGAGAUACUGGACAUUAGUGAGGAUAGUGAAAUAGUACUGGAUUGUACUGCGGAGGGUAACCCACCUCCUGUGUAUAUCUGGAGUUCCUCAAACCUUCAGGAGAAUACUGAUAAUCAGCCUGUUUUGAGAGCUGCAUCUUUGGGCCCAGGGGAAUAUACAUGCACUGCAUCCAAUAUCCUGGGGAAAAAGAGCAAACAGUUUGUCAUCAAGCACAAAUCCAAAGGUGUUUAGGUCCAGAGACCUUGAGAACGAACCGAAGACAUACAGUUCUAGAUGGUGCGCUCAGGACUUUCUGGACGUGGGAGAUCAAAAUCUAGCUUGGCUCUUUGUUACAUUUUAGAUGCAUUUUAGGGGACUCUCUUUUCAGGGGUUAUGAUUUGUUAAAUAUGAGAGUCAAACCUACACGUGUGUAAAAAAGUAUCCUAGUAAGCUUUAUUAAUAUUGUGUGAAGAUAAUUUUAACAGAGCAGUUGUAUGUUUCACUGCGGUGGCUCUAACAUUUUAAUGUUUUUGUAGAUAUUUACUUACCUAAUAAUAAAAAAAAGUAAUGAAUACA